AUGUACGUUUAUAAAUACUCUCACUUUGGAAAUCGUAUCUCCAAUUAUGCAGAAAGUGCACGUGCUUCCCUCAAGCAUUCUCUUGGUACCUCUUCUAGUAAAUUGAUGACAGUGACACUAAAAAUUGAUGAUUGUAAAUGCAGAUUAAUGACAGAGUGUCUUGGAGAGAGUACAGAAGUUGUGUUUGACAAAGUCAAUGGAGCGAGACUAAAUGACAUUCGUCAAAAAAUUAGCUGCUUUGCAAUGUACAAAAUCAAACUAGAACUAUCAAAAUCAAUCAUACCUGAAAAAUUGACCAAAGAAAAAGAUUAUCUAGAAGGAGAAGACCACUUGACAAUUAAUAACGCAGAACCAGUACCAGCAAACAUUGCUAAAAUAACAACUAUAUCGCCUCAAUUUGAGUAUGAUCUUGAGCUUGUUCAUGAAGGCUUUCACAGUACACACAGCAAACAAGAACAAAUAGAUAUACAUAAUUUAGUAAAAAACAUACUAGAAAAAAUGACCAAGCAGAAACUUGAGGAUCUUAAUGGUCCAACAAUAGUGGAAGCCAUCAAAGGCCAACCCAAAAAUACAAAGCAUAAAAUGAUUGCAUUAGAGCACUGCAUUGAAGCUGAAAAAGAAAAAGAUACAAAAAAAUUAAAAUAG